AUGAAUAUCUCAAAAGAAUUCUCCAAGAAUAUGAGUCAAGAUGGAAGUGUAGUCCCAGUGAUAAAAGAGGAAGAAAAUUCAAGCUUUAUUGAAGUUUAUCAAGAAAACAUUCCAAAUGAAGCUAAUGGGCAAGAUGAGAGAACUAAAAUCCAACUUUGCUGGGAUAAUGUUAGUUACGUCAUCGAUAGAAAAGGCGAGGAAACUCAGAUCCUAAAAUCAAUUUCAGGCAAGGCCAACCCUGGGGAGCUUCUAUACUAUUUAAUAAUAUUUUUGAAUUAUUUGUUAGAAUGAUAAAAGUUUCAAUAUUUAUUGUAAAAAAUGUUUAGUUUUGAUGGGGUCAUCAGGGGCUGGAAAAACAACACUUCUUAAUAUCUUAGCUGGAAGACUUAAAAGUUCAAACAAUGCAAAAAUUAUUGGCAAAAUAACAGCCAAUGGAACAGAUAUCAAGGAUCUUGAUUUUGGGUAUUAUUCAGCCUAUGUGACCCAAGAAGAUAUACUGCUUCCUAAUCUAACUCCAAGAGAGUCAUUAAUGUUUUCUUCAAGACUUAGGAUGCCAGGCAAUUAUCAAGAGCAUGUGGAUAGGGUAAAUGGAAUCAUAAAUGAUCUAAGAUUGGUCAAAUGUGCAGAUAAUAUUAUUGGAAGUAUAACCAAAAAAGGAAUAUCUGGAGGUGAAAGGAAAAGAGUUUGUAUUGGGAUGGAACUUAUCACUGAUCCAAUCGUCCUUAUACUUGAUGAGCCUACUUCAGGUCUUGAUAGUUUUACAGCAGAAGUCGUUAUUGACUUAUUGAUAGAGCAAGCAAAGAAAGGUAGAACUGUAAUGUCAACUAUCCACCAACCAAGUACAAGUAUGUUCGAUAAGUUUGACAAAUUAAUUUUAUUAGCAGAAGGCCAUCUUGUAUAUCAGGGCCGCGCUUCAGAGUCCACAAAAUACUUUGCAAAAAUUGGAUACGAGUGUCCAAAGCUUAUGAACCCAGCUGACUACUAUAUGAGACUUCUUCACGUUGUAGAUAGGAAGCAUCAUACUGAAGAAGAGCAUGAAAAAAUAGAAAAAAUAGUAUCAGCAUAUAAUUCCAUAGAGCAGAAUGAUGGAGAUUAUGAUAAGUCAAAGCUUGAGCCUUUACAAACUAAGCAUUUAGCCUCCCCAACAAAUUUUGUAACGCAAUUCGCUUUACUCUUUAGAAGAGCUUGGAUAAAUGGAAGAAGAGACCCACUUGCUGGUCAGCUUUUGUUUAUCGAGUACAUUAUGAUGGGUGUUUUAAUCGAUUUGCUCUGUAACAAUUUAGCAAAAAAUUAUAACUCUUCAACAACUAGAACUCAAACUCUAUUUCUCUGUGCAGCUGCGGUAGGUUUUUACUCAUGCCAAAAUGCAGCAAUGCAGUUCCCAAGCGAGACUCCUAUAUUUUUAAAAGAAAGCAAGCAAAGGAUUUAUUCUACGACUUCUUAUUACCUUGCUAAGUCCCUUGCAGACCUGCCUAUGCAAUUUCUACCAAAUUUUCUGUUUUGUCUUAUUAUAUAUUGGGCAAUCCCUUUUAAUGAUUAUGAUGCAAGUAAAUUCUGGAUAUUUUACUUUCUGCUCACUUUAUUACAAAUAAAUGCUCUUGGUGUUGGAUAUGUUUUAGGCUCAUGCGUUAAAACAGAAACAAUUGCCUUGGCUAUUACUCCAGUUUUUUUACAACCUAUGAUGCUUUGGUCUGGACUAUUUCCACAUGUAGAUAGUUAUCCUGCAGGAUUUGCUUGGGUACAAUAUUUUUCUGUAAGAUUUAUUUAG